GUGAUUUUUUUGCUGGUAUCUUUUUGGCAACAUUGUUUUUGACAGAUCACGCGUGAAUCGUGUCUUGUGUCAAUGUAAAACUUGUUCAGUUUUAUCUAUAAUUUAAUCAUGAAUCGACUUACGAACGAACAACGCUUGCAAAUUAUUGAAUUUUACUAUCAAAAUUCAUGCUCGGUUAAGAGAGUGCAUCGCGCACUUCUUCCAAUUUAUGGGCAGUUUGGUCGGCCUACUGAGGGAGCUAUUCGGAAGCUUGUGACUAAAUUUCGAACGCAGUUUACACUAUUGGACAUUAAACCAACAACACGCCGUACUUCUUCAAAGGCGACGAUGGGCGGAACGUUACUGUGAAUGGCGAGCGCUACCGUGUGAUGAUUGACGAUUUUUUUUGCCCAAAAUGGAAGAAUUGGACAUGCCUGACAUGUGGUUUCAACAAGACGGUGCCACAUGCCACACGGCACGCGAAACAAUGACCAAAUUGAGAGCCGCCUUCGGUGAACAGUUUAUCUCACGUUUGGGGCCCGUCAAUUGGCCGCCUAGAUCGUGUGAUCUAACGCCUUUGGACUAUUUUUUGUGGGGCCAUGUUAAGGCUCAUGUCUACACGGAUAAGCCAGCAACGAUUGGUGCACUUGAAGCCAAUAUUGAAGCAUUUAUUCGUGAAAUACCCGCCGAUAUGUUGGAGAGAGUGUGCCAAAAUUGGACCUUGCGCAUGGGCUAUCUAAAGCGGAGCCGCGGCCAACAUUUACAUGAAAUCAUCUUCAAACAUUAAAUUAUAUUGAUCGUUCUACCGAGUCCAAUAAAGAUUACAUCAAUUUUCUCAAAUUUUUUGUGUUUUUUUUUGAAAAUCAAAUCCUAUACCUCUUAAAAAAUCAC